UACAUCGGAAGCACGUCAUGGAGCUAAGUUUGCACAGUCUUGUGGAGCACGUCUCUGGAAGGAGAUAUCACUUGAAGAAGCUGACCUCAUCGACCAAAUGCUGCCGAACCUCGAUAAAAUCUCGCCAUGGCCACAUCGGUGCAGGGUGAAACGCGAUACAAUGUCCCGGGCGGCACGUUUAGCUAGCAUUAUUCGAACUGUAUUGCCUAUGUCAAGUGCAGCCCAACGAUAUACUCCCCCGUGCCCUCCCACGUCGUCCACAACGACGGGUCAGGCCUCACCGUCCGCCCCUAUCCCCCAAAUCAACGCCGAUCCAGACCAAUUCCAGCGCCAACAGGCGGCUAUCACAAUUCAGCUAUCUCCAGGCGUUGAAGAUGCUGACACAAGCCAAAAUUUAAACGGAUCGCACCAGGCUGGAUCAUCAGGUCCCAUAAAGAUUUACCAAAAGACCCUGAAUACGAAUACGACCCCCGACCCCCAGAGGCAACGAAUCCUCCAAUAUCCCGCCACGAAUUCUCCAUGCAUCUCAACGCCUGCGCACACCCAUGUUAUUGGUCACUCUUUCAUGAAUGCAUGCCAUCGCUCGAAACGUCCAGUGCCAUAACCUGUAUUCCGAAGAAGCGCAGCCCAUUCGACACAAAGUCUAAUAAUUCGACGGACAUUUUUGCCUGGGGUUUGGAGGCCAAGCAUGUGAUCUCAGCCGCUUAUGUGGCUGUGUAUCACCUCUGGAUAUUUCUUCUCCCCUUUGGAUUCUGG